CAGAUUGGAUGCCCAGACUGCGUGUGGUGCGUCAACAGCAACCUUCCGGCUGACCCAGCUUCAGUCACACCGACGAAGCGGCAGGGGCUCACACAAGGCUCGUGAAGCUGGGGAUGCUCUGAGCGCGUGUGUUUACGGGGGAAAUGGCGCGGCUGUGCGCGGGAUGGCGCCGCUGGCUCCGGCCGCUUGUCGUGACUGUGUACGCGCUGCUCGUGGCCGUGGCUUUACCGCUGGCUGUGUGGCAGCUUCAGAAAGCCGAGGCUGGAACACACACUAAGGCGUGGUUCAUAGCAGGCGUGUUUGUGUUUUUAACAAUUCCCAUUUCUCUAUGGGGAAUUCUGCAGCAUCUCGUGCACUACACACAACCCGAACUACAGAAACCUAUCAUCAGGAUAUUAUGGAUGGUGCCUAUUUACAGCUUAGACAGCUGGAUCGCUUUGAAGUACCCCAGUAUAGCCAUCUAUGUGGACACUUGUCGCGAGUGCUAUGAAGCUUAUGUCAUCUACAACUUCCUGAUGUUCUUGCUGAACUUCCUGGAGACGCAGUACCCGAACCUGGCACUUAUUUUGGAGGCUCAGGAACAGCGCUCGCUUCUGCCACCUUUCUGCUGCUGCCCACCAUGGGCCAUGGGAGAGGUUCUUCUGUUCAGGUGUAAAUUGGGAGUUCUGCAGUACACCGUAGUCAGACCUGUUACUACUGUAAUAGCGCUUGUGUGUCAGUUGUUUGGAGUCUAUGAUGAGGGAAACUUUAGCUUCAGGAAUGCCUGGACUUACCUCGUCAUCGUCAACAAUGCCUCUCAGCUGUUUGCCAUGUACUGUCUGCUGCUGUUCUACCGUACGCUGAAGGAAGAGCUGAGCCCGUUAAAACCCGUUGGAAAAUUCUUCUGUGUCAAAAUGGUGGUGUUCGCCUCAUUUUGGCAGGCUGUGCUCAUCGCCUUUCUGGUGAAGGUUGGAGUGAUCUCUCAGAAGCGCACAUGGGAGUGGGAGAGUGUGGAGGCUGUAGCUACAGGGUUACAGGACUUUGUAAUUUGUAUAGAAAUGUUCUUGGCUGCUAUUGCACACCACUACAGCUUUAGUUACCGUCCAUAUGUGCGUGAGGAUGAUGAAGGCUCCUGCUUUGACUCCUUCCUCGCCAUGCUGGACUUCUCCGAUAUACAAGCUGAUAUUUCUGAGCAAGUCCGCAACGUGGGGCGCACCGUGCUCGGACGUCCCCGUAAACUGUUCUUUGGCUCUGAAGUGGACAUCGUGCAGGGUGAGCACACUGGCUUGCUCUCAGGGGCGUCUCACGAGCGAUUGGGCGUCGACCCUCUCUCUGUCCCCGCCUCCCCAAAGGGGCAGUACCAAGGGCUCGGCCAAACAGACACGCCUCGAUCUCGCUCUGCCCCCACUGGCUUUAACUCCUCCUCCUGGAUGAGCGAAAAUUGCACAGUUCCUGCAGCUACCAGUCAGAAUACAGGAGUUAAAUCAUAGUUGUCGUGUAUAGAUAAAACACACCCCUCCCCCUCCCCAUACACAUAGCAGAUGCUAAGCAUAUUACAUUAUACACAGUUAACACUGUCAGCACACAAUAAAACAUGUCCAAAUAGCUACAAGCUCUUCUUAUUAAGAUUGUAAUGCAAUCUGAGUGUUUUUUGAAAUUAUUUCGUGACUUUCCGAUGUUCAGACAUCUGGUUUUGUAAUGAUGUGCGCUGUAGUGCAGUGGUAUUUAAUAUGGUUUGCUUUGUAAAAGUUGUAAAAUGUUGAACGUAAAUGCACUGGCGGUGUUUUAUUGUCUCUUCAGUGACAUGACAGGGUUGCGGUUUGUAUUCAGGAGCAAAGCUUUAAUAAAAAUGUAUUCUACUAUUUGAAAA